AUCAGAUAGGAAUACAGAUUGUUUGAGGGUUGUUAUUCUCUUAUGACGAAAGAGAAAUGGGGAACACAUCCUCAGCCGAGGAAAUUAAACUCGGAGAUAAAAUUGGAGAAGGUUCAUAUGGUGAAGUGUUCAAAGCCGUGUGGAACGGGAAGCGAGUAGCUGCCAAACGGAUUCGACCUGACUUCUUCGAGCGUGAUCAUGAUGGAAGUAUUAGAGUUGCUUUCUCGGAAAAUUUUAAGAAGGAAUGGGAGAUACUCCGUAGCAUUGAUCACGACAAUAUUGUGAAAUAUUACACUGCCAUUGUCCCUCCGACUCCCGAGAGUCCCAUUAUUGUGACAGAGUUGCUAGAGUGCGAUUUGGCGAAACACAUUCGGAACUCAACGACUAAACCAAAGGUUCCUUUCUCAGACGUUAUCAAAAUCAUGCUGGACGUCGGUAAAGGUUUACAUUACAUUCAUACCCUUAAAGAACCGGUCGUCCAUCGCGACUUGGCGAGCAAAAACGUAUUGUUGACAAAAACCUUGCAUGCAAAGAUUGCAGAUUUGGGUCAGGCGAAAGCGUUCCCUCGUGGUGCAAUGUACGCGACUGCCAUGCCGGGAACACCCGUGUAUGCCGCUCCAGAAACGUAUUCCACAAGGUUAAGAGGAUCUCUUUGGCGUAGAGUGAGAUAUACCGAAAAAAUCGACAUAUUUUCGUUCGGAGCCAUGCUGCUGGAGAUCAUUAUUGGUCACUUGCCAGUGCAUUGUUUGCCUGACCCGAUUCUUGAAGAUGGGGAAACAGUUCCAGAGUACAUACGCCGUAGUGAAGACCUGGAGGAAAUGGGUCCUGACCAUCCCCUCCACAGCCUCGUUUUACAGUGCUUGGACAACAUUCCCGAGAGAAGGCCCAGUGCUGGAAAGAUAAUAGAAGAACUUCUGAAAUUCAGCAAAGUUGUGGAUGAAACAUUAUCCAGUAGCCCCACUGGGGACAAAGUUGGUACCAUGUCACACAUUCAUUAUGAUCACAAGUUUAAGCUUGUCGUACUUGGAGAGUCCGGCGUGGGUAAGACAUCUAUCGUGACACGAUUCCUGAAUGCCAACAGCCAGCUCUCCGAGAUAACACUUCCGAGGACACUCCAGUCCGAAGAUCACUUUGAGCGACUGCGUUUCCGUGAUAAGUCAGUCCAUCUUCACAUCGUCGAUGUAGGCGGGCACGAGUUAACCAAAGCCUCCUGCUUAGCGCCUCAGAUUUUUCGCCGCGUUCGGGGCGCGGUCAUAGCCUUUGACCUCCUUUCUGAGAUGUCUUUCUUGGAAGUGCCGAAUUGGGUCAAGGUUGUGAGGGAGAAGUGCGGGGAAGAGCUUCCCAUUGUUCUAGUUGGAAACAAAGAUGACGAAUUGGAGAGAUGGGUUGAUUCGCGCAAAGUGGAUGAAUUCGUUAGAAGAAAGAAUCUGUUUUACAUAGAGUCGAGUGCCAAAUCUGGAAAGAACAUCGAUGAAAUAUUCUCUGUUCUCAUGGACUUGAUGAUCAAAUACGAAAACCAAAAGGAAGGUGAAUCUAAGACAAGCGAUUUAGUGGCUUCCUUACGAGAAAGCCUUUCUGAAAGGGUCACCUGCCAGGAGAAGUCCCCCAUUACUGAACGCCUCCUUACCCUUCGUAGUGACGCCCUCGAUGCGGGAGUCAUAGAACUCAAGGAAGAAAAGGAAAACAAAGAGACGAUGGAGCAAGACGAGGGCGACAGGAAAAGGAAAUCACGGUGUUGUUUGUUGAACUAAAGUA